AUGAUCACCACCUUCCCUGCUCCAAGACCUCACUUACAACACCAUAUCUGCUGCUUCCAACCACGGCCCUCUGAAGAUGCUCUGGAGCAACGCCUCCUAUUAGACUCCAUUGCUUGGCCUGAAACUCCAUCCUUGCCAGAUCCUCUUUCCCUGGAGCAGACCACCGAUCCUGCCCACAGCACCUUCACUAUUCUCCCAGAGGAGGGUGGGCAACAGUGGCAUGUAGGGGAUCAGCUGGAAGUUAUGAUCAAAACGUAUGACUUCAAGGGCCGUCCUAAGAAAUCUGGGGGAGAUGUCUUACUCGCCCGUCUGCACAACCAAGUACUUGGUGCAGGUGUGGCUGGACAAGUGCUGGAUCAUCUCAAUGGCUCCUACUCUGCUGUAUUUUCUUUACUCUGGGAGGGAAGCGCACAGGUUGAGGUGACACUGGUUCACCCCAGUGAGGCUGUCACAGUGCUGCAAAGGUUGACCAGAGAACAGCCAGAUAGGGUUUAUUUCAAGAGCGUCUUUCGCUCAGGCUUACUGUCUAAAACUACCACCUGUAAUGUCUUCCUGCGUCCAACCCAGCAGCCACUGUGCAACUACACUGACCUCCACACAGGUGAUCCGUGGUUCUGCUACAAGCCAAAGAAGCUGAGCUGUGAUACCAGGAUCAAGCACUCCAAGGGAGGAUUCAAUCAAAAACUCAAGGCAAAGGAGGAAAUGCUCUUUAAAAGUGGUGUCAACAUGAAAGUCUCCAUUAACGCUUCAGGAUCAGCCAAUGCCAACGUGUUGCCAAAAAUGAAAGGUCAACCAGAGGUAAAGAGCAGCAGUGUGAAGUCUGGCCCUUCUGGCUAUUACUAUCAGGAUGUGUGGCGGGCCCUAGAUGGCACCACAGUCCACCAGUUCAACACAUCCUCUGCUAUAAGUCAGUGUCUGAAAGGCAAGGUGGUCCACCUGUAUGGAGACUCUACCAUCAGGCAGUGGUUUGAACACCUCAAUGCAGCACUACCAGAUCUCAAGGAGUUUAACCUGCACAACCUGAAGCAAGUUGGUCCCUUCAUGGUCUUAGACUAUGCAAACAACAUUUUGGUGACAUACCGCUGCCACGGUCCCCCUAUCCGUUUUACCAACGUCCCAACCAAUGAGCUGCGCUACAUUGCCAAUGAACUAGAUGAUUUAGUUGGAGGCAUCAAUACUGUUGUCGUUCUUGGCAUCUGGGCACACUUCAGCACCUUCCCCAUUGAGCUCUACAUCCAGCGGCUGCAGAGUAUCCGCAGGGCGGUGCUGCGGCUGCUGGACAGGGCUCCAGGUACGCUGGUUAUCAUCCGGACAGCAAAUCUCAAAGCAUUGUCGCUUUAUGAGGCGCUCACCAACAGUGACUGGUACUCGCUGCAGCAUGAAAAGGUGCUCAGGGCCAUGUUCAGAGGACUGAAUGUCCAUCUGGUGGACGCCUGGGAGAUGGUCUUGGCCUACCACCUGCCUCACAGCCUCCAUCCACAACCUCCCAUUAUUAAGAAUAUGAUCGACGUCCUCUUGUCCUACAUAUGCCCUCAAAAUGGCGGCUAGAUGUGUGUUUGUUAGGAGAAAGGAGUGGGAAUUCAAGUACUUGUGCUGAGUUUACAUGUUAUCUCUGUGUUUUCGCCAGGUGCUGAAAG